CUCACCGGAAGUGCAUCGCACAUGUUGCGUCUGUUUUCCAGCGCUGACUGAAGGAGUUUGUGAACGCAUGUCUGUCAUGAUGGAUUCGCCAGCGCCUGUCGUUAGUGAGCCGAGGACGCGCGGGAAGAAGACGCGGGGGAAGAGGCCGCUGAGCGAUGCCAGCGCGUCGGAGGAGCGCGGUAAACAGCAGAGGCACGCGGAGCUGUGCGCGACGCUCGGCGGGGAGGACGCGUCCGUCAGGCACCUGGAGGAGCUCGUGUUUGGCGCGGAGGAGCGGCUCGCGGACACACUCGCGCAGGACAGCAGGGCUCCACUGGAGGAUGACGAGGUCUGUAGUGUUUCCUCCGAGGACAGCGAGGUGCGUCAGCACCACAGAAGAAGAGCAGUGUGGGAGGAUGAGGAGGAUGAGCUGGAGGAAGAGAUUGACAUGACGCAUCGGUUCCGCAGAGACUUGAAGAAGAGCGAAGCCGAGGCAAAGAUGACGAAGCAGAAGCUGCAGCAGAGACUGAAGGAUCAGUUCCAGAAGGCGAUGGGUGGCGCCCCAGGCUGGGCGGAACAGGAACGCCCCCGCCGGACAAGAGGAGCUGAGCGUGAGGAGGAGGAGGCAGAGGAUCUGCUGCGGCGCACUGGGAACUUCAUCGGCUCCUCCGACACGCUUCCUAAAGGAACCAUUAAGAUAAAGAAGUGUUUGGAUGCGAACAGUGAGAGUCCGGCCGAGUCGAAGCUGACCUCAGUCCAGUUCCACCCGUCAGCUCAGAUCCUGAUGACCAGCUCUCUGGACCACUCCAUAUCUCUGUUCCAGGUGGAUGGCAAGACCAACGCCAAGAUCCAGACGAUCCACCUGGAGAAGUUCCCGGUGAACAAGGCGGCGUUCAGCGCUGACGGCGAGCAGAUCGUGGCGACCGGCUGGAGGAACAAGCUCUUCUACAUCUACGACAUGAUGGAGGGCAGAGUCAUCCCCGUCUCCAACGUACGAGGUCUGAAUGAGCAGAAGGUGUCAGACUUCCAGGUUUCUCCCGAUGGGAAGUUUCUUCUUCUGUUCGGAUCCUCUGGGUUUCUGCAUCUCAUGAGCUCAAAGACCAGGGAAGUGGUGCGCAGCAUGAAGCUGAACGGGACGGUGUGUGCCACCGCCUUCACUGCAGACGGCAGCCAGAUCUUCGCCAACUCCGGUGAGUCUCAGCAGGGUGUGCUCUAAUAUUUUGUUGCCUUC